AUCCGCUCCGCCAGAGACAUGGACCCCCAGACGGCGCUGUCCCGGGCGCUCCUGCUUAUCCUCUUCUUGCACCUGUCGCUGCUAGGAUGUCGUUCCCACCCGCUGGGUGGCCCCGGCCCGGCCUCGGAACUGCCUGGGUUACAGGAGCUGCUGGACCGUCUACGAGACAGGGUCUCGGAGCUGCAGGCGGAGCAGCUGGGCGUGGGGCCCCUCCAGCAGGGCCAGGGCCUGGAAGAAACCUGGGAUUCCCCGGCGGCAGCCCCCGCGGGGUUCCUCCGGCCCCAUCACAGCAUCCUCCGGGCCCUGAGGGGCCCCAAGAUGAUGCGCGACUCUGGCUGCUUUGGACGGAGGCUGGACCGGAUCGGCUCCCUCAGCGGCCUGGGCUGCAACGUGCUGAGGAGGUACUAAGAGGAGGUCCUGGCUGCAGAUAUGGCUGCAUCUGAUUCUCCAUCAACCCCUGAUCCCCUUGGAAGCAACUCCUAUUUAUUUUUAUUUAUUUAUUUAUUUGGUUGUUUUAUAUAAGAUGGUUCUUGUCUUUGGACACAAAUUUUCCAUGAUGAAAUAAAGUCAAUAUUAUAGCUUU